AGGCCUCCAGGCUACCUAUCCGGACCUUUGCAUCUGGUCCCACGAAUUCGAUGCGCGGUGCGGCAUUCCUUGCACGCAUGGACGGUUCUUCGGAGUUCACUUCACACCAAGGGAAAUCCACCAUAGUAGUCGACAUCGGCGGCACCACGACAGAUGCUGGCGUUCUACUUCCUUCCGGAUUUCCACGGCAAGCAGCCGCUUUCAUUGAGAUUGGUGGAGUUCGCACAAACUUCUCGAUGGCUGACGUGCAGUCUAUCGGACUUGGCGGAGGCUCUCGGGUCAAGAUUCACCAGACUGAGACAGGCGAUGCCGUUACGGUCGGUCCUGACUCUGUCGGACAUAACCUGACACGAGACGCAAAAGUGUUUGGCGGCGACGUCCUCACCGCGACUGACGUCGUAGUUGCUGACGGUACGGUGGAAAUAGGCGAGAAUGUACGAGUCGCAGAUAUCUCUUCGGACGUUAUACAGAAGUCCAGGGACGCCAUCAAGCGGCUCCUCGAACGUAUUGUUGAUAAGAAUGAAAACUUCUCCAGAAGAUGCAACGCUGCUCUUAGUCGGCGGUGGAAGUAUCAUCGCUCCUGACACAUUGAAUGGUGUCUCGCAGAUUAUUCGCCCACCGUUCUUCGACGUUGCAAAUGCCGCCGGUGCAGCAAUGGCCAAAGUCGCGGGAGAGAUAGAUACUAUAGAGAUUUUGCAGGACCGGAACAUUGACGACGUCAUAGAAGCCAUCAAAGCUCAAGCAAUAGACAAGGCAAUCCGUUAUGGCGCAAAGCCUGAAACAAUUAAGAUCAUCGAAGUCA